AUGGAUAAGGAUCCAUCAGGUCACAGUGGCAGGUGAGAUGAUCUUAAAACAACUUUCAAUUCUGCAAAUUGCUCAUGUCAGUUGGAACAGUGUUUCUCAACCCCUCCACAGGGAUGCGCGUGUUUAUUCCAGCCCAGCACUAGCACUUUUGAUUAAACCACUCAACUCGUCAUCAAAGCCCUUGAUUAGUUGAACCGGGUGCAUUAUUUACCUGAGUAAAAGAAAACCUGGGCCAGUAUGUGCGUUGGUAUGUAGCCUAUGUAUUAUGUGUGAUUAAGGUGUAUUGCUGUUCAUGAGUGAGAGGGGUCUCAUGUCUAAUGUUGUAGGGUGGCGGGUAGCUUAGUGGUUAAGAGCGUUGUGCCAGUAACCGAAAGGUCGCUGGUUCUAAUCCCCGAGCCGACUAGGUGAAAAAUCUGUCGAUGUGCCCUUGAGCGAGGUACUUAACCCUAAUUGCUCCUGUAAGUCGCUCUGGAUACGAGCGUCUGAUAAAUGACUAAAUGUAUACAGGGAGGGGAGAUGUCUAAUGUUUAUACAGGAAGGGGAGGGGUCUCAUGUCUAAUGUUUAUACAGGAAGGGGGAGGGGUCUCAUGUCUAAUGUUUAUACAGGAAGGGGGAGGGGUCUCAUGUCUAAUGUUUAUACAGGAAGGGGAGGGGUCUCAUGUCUAAUGUUUAUACAGGAAGGGGAGGGGUCUCAUGUCUAAUGUUUAUACAGGAAGGGGAGGGGUCUCAUGUCUAAUGUUUAUACAGGGAGGGGAAGGGGUCUCAUGUCUAAUGUUUAUACAGGAAGGGGGAGGGGUCUCAUGUCUAAUGUUUAUACAGGAAGUGGGAGGGGUCUCAUGUCUAAUGUUUAUACAAGGAAGGGGAGGGGUCUCAUGUCUAAGGUUUAUACAGGAAGGGGAGGGGUCUCAUGUCUAAUGUUUAUACAGGAAGGGGAGGGGUCUCAUGUCUAAUGUUUAUACAGGAAGGGGAAGGGGUCUCAUGUCUAAUGUUUAUACAGGAAGGGGAGGGGUCUCAUGUCUAAUGUUUAUACAGGAAGGGGAGGGGUCUCAUGUCUAAUGUUUAUACAGGAAGUGGGAGGGGUCUCAUGUCUAAUGUUUAUACAAGGAAGGGGAGGGGUCUCAUGUCUAAGGUUUAUACAGGAAGGGGAGGGGUCUCAUGUCUAAUGUUUAUACAGGAAGGGGAGGGGUCUCAUGUCUAAUGUUUAUACAGGAAGGGGUCUCAGUCUCACGUCUAAUGUUUAUACAGGAAGGGGAGGGGUCUCAUGUCUAAUGUUUAUACAGGAAGGGGAGGGGUCUAAUGUCUAAUGUUUAUACAGGAAGGGGGAGGGGUCUCAUGUCUAAUGUUUAUACAGGAAGGGGAGGGCUCUCAUGUCUAAUGUUUAUACAGGAAGGGGGAGGGGUCUCAGUCUAAUGUUUAUACAAGGAGGGGGAGGGUUCUCAUGUCUAAUGUUUAUACAGGAAGGGGAGGGGUCUCAUGUCUAAUGUUUAUACAGGAAGGGGAGGGGUCUCAUGUCUAAUGUUUAUACAGGAAGGGGAAGGGGUCUCAUGUCUAAUGUUUAUACAGGAAGGGGAGGGGUCUCAUGUCUAAUGUUUAUACAGGAAGGGGAGGGGUCUCAUGUCUAAUGUUUAUACAGGAAGUGGGAGGGGUCUCAUGUCUAAUGUUUAUACAAGGAAGGGGAGGGGUCUCAUGUCUAAGGUUUAUACAGGAAGGGGAGGGGUCUCAUGUCUAAUGUUUAUACAGGAAGGGGAGGGGUCUCAUGUCUAAUGUUUAUACAGGAAGGGGUCUCAGUCUCACGUCUAAUGUUUAUACAGGAAGGGGAGGGGUCUCAUGUCUAAUGUUUAUACAGGAAGGGGAGGGGUCUAAUGUCUAAUGUUUAUACAGGAAGGGGGAGGGGUCUCAUGUCUAAUGUUUAUACAGGAAGGGGAGGGCUCUCAUGUCUAAUGUUUAUACAGGAAGGGGGAGGGGUCUCAGUCUAAUGUUUAUACAAGGAGGGGGAGGGUUCUCAUGUCUAAUGUUUAUACAGGAAGGGGAGGGGUCUCAUGUCUAAUGUUUAUACAGGAAGGGGAGGGGUCUCAUGUCUAAUGUUUAUACAGGAAGGGGAAGGGGUCUCAUGUCUAAUGUUUAUACAGGAAGGGGAAGGGGUCUCAUGUCUAAUGUUUAUACAGGGGAGAUGUCUAAUGGUUAUACAGGAAGGGGUCUCAGUCUAAUGUUUAUACAAGGAGGGGGAGGGUUCUCAUGUCUAAUGUUUAUACAGGAAGGGGAGGGGUCUCAUGUCUAAUGUUUAUACAGGAAGGGGAGGGGUCUCAUGUCUAAUGUUUAUACAGGAAGGGGAAGGGGUCUCAUGUCUAAUGUUUAUACAGGAAGGGGAGGGGUCUCAUGUCUAAUGUUUAUACAGGAAGGGGAGGGGUCUCAUGUCUAAUGUUUAUACAGGAAGUGGGAGGGGUCUCAUGUCUAAUGUUUAUACAAGGAAGGGGAGGGGUCUCAUGUCUAAGGUUUAUACAGGAAGGGGAGGGGUCUCAUGUCUAAUGUUUAUACAGGAAGGGGAGGGGUCUCAUGUCUAAUGUUUAUACAGGAAGUGGGAGGGGUCUCAUGUCUAAUGUUUAUACAAGGAAGGGGAGGGGUCUCAUGUCUAAGGUUUAUACAGGAAGGGGAGGGGUCUCAUGUCUAAUGUUUAUACAGGAAGGGGAGGGGUCUCAUGUCUAAUGUUUAUACAGGAAGGGGGAGGGGUCUCAUGUCUAAUGUUUAUACAGGAAGGGGAGGGGUCUCAUGUCUAAUGUUUAUACAGGAAGGGGGAGGGGUCUCAUGUCUAAUGUUUAUACAGGAAGGGGAGGGGUCUCAUGUCUAAGGUUUAUACAGGAAGGGGGAGGGGUCUCAUGUCUAAUGUUUAUACAGGAAGGGGAGGGGUCUCAUGUCUAAUGUUUAUACAGGAAGGGGGAGGGGUCUCAUGUCUAAUGUUUAUACAGGAAGGGGAGGGGUCUCAUGUCUAAUGUUUAUACAGGAAGGGGGAGGGGUCUCAUGUCUAAUGUUUAUACAGGAAGGGGAGGGGUCUCAUGUCUAAUGUUUAUACAGGAAGGGGAGGGGUCUCAUGUCUAAUGUUUAUACAGGAAGGGGAGGGGUCUCAUGUCUAAUGUUUAUACAGGGGAGAUGUCUAAUGUUUAAACAGGUUAGGGGUCUCAGUCUCACGUCUAAUGUCUAAUGUUUAUACAGGGAGGGGGAGGGGUCUCAUGUCUUAUGUUUAUACAGGAAGGGGAGGGGUCUCACAACUAAUGUCUAAUGUUUAUACAGGGAGGGGGAGGGGUCUCAUGUCUAAUGUUUAUACAGGAAGGGGGAGGGGUCUCAUAUCUAAUGUUUAUACAGGGAGGGGGAGGGGUCUCAUGUCUAAUGUUUAUACAGGAAGGGGAGGGGUCUCAUGUCUAAUGUUUAUACAGGAAAGGAGAGGGGUCUCAUGUCUAAUGUUUAUACAGGAAGGGGAGGGGUCUAACAUCUAAUGUUUAUACAGGAAGGGGGAGGGGUCUCAUGUCUAAUGUUUAUACAGGAAGGGGAGGGGUCUCAUGUCUAAUGUUUAUACAGGAAGGGGAAGGGGUCUCAUGUCUAAUGUUUAUACAGGAAGGGGAGGGGUCUCAUGUCUAAUGUUUAUACAGGAAGGGGAGGGGUCUCAUGUCUAAUGUUUAUACAGGAAGUGGGAGGGGUCUCAUGUCUAAUGUUUAUACAGGAAGGGGAAGGGGUCUCAUGUCUAAUGUUUAUACAGGAAGGGGAGGGGUCUCAUGUCUAAUGUUUAUACAGGAAGGGGGAGGGGUCUCAUGUCUAAUGUUUAUACAGGAAGGGGAGGGGUCUCAUGUCUAAUGUUUAUACAGGAAGGGGAGGGGUCUCAUGUCUAAUGUUUAUACAGGAAGGGGAGGGGUCUCAUGUCUAAUGUUUAUACAGGGGAGAUGUCUAAUGUUUAAACAGGAAGGGGUCUCAGUCUCACGUCUAAUGUCUAAUGUUUAUACAGGGAGGGGGAGGGGUCUCAUGUCUUAUGUUUAUACAGGAAGGGGAGGGGUCUCACGUCUAAUGUCUAAUGUUUAUACAGGGAGGGGGAGGGGUCUCAUGUCUAAUGUUUAUACAGGAAGGGGGAGGGGUCUCAUAUCUAAUGUUUAUACAGGGAGGGGGAGGGGUCUCAUGUCUAAUGUUUAUACAGGAAGGGGAGGGGUCUCAUGUCUAAUGUUUAUACAGGAAGGGAGAGGGGUCUCAUGUCUAAUGUUUAUACAGGAAGGGGAGGGGUCUAACAUCUAAUGUUUAUACAGGAAGGGGGAGGGGUCUCAUGUCUAAUGUUUAUACAGGAAGGGAGAGGGGUCUCAUGUCUAAUGUUUAUACAGGAAGGGGAGGGGUCUCAUGUCUAAUGUUUAUACAGGAAGGGGAAGGGGUCUCAUGUCUAAUGUUUAUACAGGAAGGGGAGGGGUCUCAUGUCUAAUGUUUAUACAGGAAGGGGGAGGGGUCUCAUGUCUAAUGUUUAUACAGGAAGGGGAGGGGUCUCAUGUCUAAGGUUUAUACAGGAAGGGGAAGGGGUCUCAUGUCUAAUGUUUAUACAGGAAGGGGAAGGGGUCUCAUGUCUAAUGUUUAUACAGGAAGGGGGAGGGGUCUCAUGUCUAAUGUUUAUACAGGAAGGGGAGGGGUCUCAUGUCUAAUGUUUAUACAGGAAGGGGAGGGGUCUCAUGUCUAAUGUUUAUACAGGAAGGGGGAGGGGUCUCAUGUCUAAUGUUUAUACAGGAAGGGGAGGGGUCUCAUGUCUAAUGUUUAUACAGGAAGGGGAGGGGUCUCAUGUCUAAUGUUUAUACAGGAAGGGGAGGGGUCUCAUGUCUAAUGUUUAUACAGGGGAGAUGUCUAAUGUUUAAACAGGAAGGGGUCUCAGUCUCACGUCUAAUGUCUAAUGUUUAUACAGGAAGGGGAGGGUUCUCAUGUCUAAUGUUUAUACAGGAAGGGGAGGGGUCUCAUGUCUAAUGUUUAUACAGGAAGGGGAGGGGUCUCAUGUCUAAUGUUUAUACAGGAAGGGGAUUUUCGGGCUGAAAGGGAAGAAGAAGAAGAGAGUCAACACGACCGGUCUUGUCUUGGCCAAUAAAGGAGCUCUAGGUACGUCCUUGAAAACAAACACGCUGCUGUGAACAUUAAGAACAGAUUGUGAUUGGACAUGUGUGCAUCCCAAAUGGCACCCUAUUCCCUACGCAGUGCACUAACUUCAACCAGGGCCCAUUUGGGUCCCAUAGGGUCCCAUUUGGGACCCGCCCCAUAAGCCAUAUCCAUACAGUCAGUUAACCCUGAUCAAACAGUCAUGUGCUUCUGUAUUUUGUGGAGUAUUGCAUUGUGUACUCUCGGAUUAAGGAUACACAUGAGACGAUAUUUACCCAUCAUGGGUCACUGCUACUUUUAAACAUGGAGAGCCAUUUUCCCCCCGGAUACAGAUGGAGCCCAGUCUAGUUACAUUAGAUUCAGAACAUCAUGACAUGUUGACUUCCAUAGCUGAACCAGAGGAUGAUGGACCUCCCCUCUGAUUCUGGUUCCUCUCUAGGUUUCUUCAUAAUAGGGAGUGUUUCCUUGCCAAUGUAUUUUCACUGUUGAUCAACAUGAUUGAUUGAUUUCUGUCAUGCCCUUACAGAGCCAGAGGGUAAUGCUGAGGUCCCUGGUCCGUCAGUACAGCGCCCCGACGAUGGUCAGCCUGGUUCCCCAGGAACCUUACCUGUCCGACAGCUACCCCAGACCAAGAGGUACAUCACAACAUACGUGUUUAAUGUAUUGUAUUGUGUUGUAUUGUAUUGUAUUGUGUUGUGUUGUAUUGUUUUGUGUGUUGUGUGUACACACUGAGUACUUCCUACUUCCUUCCUCUUGUCAGGUCCCCCUUGAAAAAGAGGUUUCUAACCUCAAGAGUAUUUUCCUGGUUAAAUAAAUGUUGAAUAAAUACAUUUUAAAAAAAACAUUACCGGCUGUAUUUUAGGUGCUAAGGAGGCGCAAGUGUCCACCCCGUAUGCCAGCGUUGGUAAUUUACCUGUCUAACAUUAGCUCGCUCGCGCUGAGGUGAGAGGGGUGGAAAUAUUUUAGGUGUGUCCUUAAAAACGAGCGCCAAUAUGCCCAUUUCAGUCAGGCAACUAGGGAUAUUCAAGACCGACCAAAAUCUGAUCUUUAGCGGUAACGCAAUUGGUUAUGGCAUUGAUUUAGCUAGCGGAGGAGGAGCAAACACAGUAGCCUUAUUGAGUACGUCACCAUGUUUUAUUACAAUAUCAUGAGCAGCACAACAGCCCCUUUUUUUAUUUCUAUUGGACAUCAUUUCUGUCCAGCGUCUGUGAAACGUUUGGACUCAUUAUGGGCGAUGCCCGUUGCAUGAAAGGUGUCAGUGACUGUAGGAAACCCGUUUAGGAACAUCAAGUUAUAAAAAAUAAAAAUAAAGACUGCUUAUUGUUUUUCGUUGUCCGUGGUGCUGAAUCCGCUUAGCUAUUAGCCGGAGUGUUUGUUUACCUUUCACCUGGCAAAGUCACCAUAUCAACGGCAGUGGUUCUCGAAAUGUGAAUGCAAUGACUAGCAGGGAUCAUCAUCUGGAUUCAGCCGCGGGCCAAGUAUUUCUCGAGUGGAUGGUCAAGGGGCCUGACCGUAAUUACACAUUUUCCGCAAGAAGCCCCAAACAGAUAGAUUAUUUGACUAAAACAUAAUAAUUUCAAAACCUUGCUUACAUUUGUGUACAAUCACAUAUAUCUCUCUAUUAUGCGUGGGAAUACUUUGGAACAGAUUUCUAAAAUUAAAAUCACUUGGAGCUGAUUUGCUGGUGUUUUUACAGUCUUUUAUGUAAAAAACUGUAUUUAUAUUAAAAAAUGUUGGGCGCUCAGAAAACCCCUCCAUAGUCUAUGUUGUAUUAAUAUGCCAACAGGGAGCAAUUAUGGUGACUGUAACAGUAUUUAGACAUAGCCUAUUUAAAACAAGUUGUUUCGUUUUGAUUCGAAUUUGAUUCGAAUUAUUCACUCUCUUUUUAAGCCUUAUCAAUAGUGAAUUUAAUCUUGCUUAUUGACAACGUUUGGCGUGUCCACGGCUCAGACACGGCAGACAUAAUGCUAAUGUACAGUAGGCCUAGCCCCUAUAUCAGUGUGAAUGCUAUGUCAAUACUGUUCCAUUUUGAAGCCAUGCGAUUAGGCUUCUUACAGUGUGGACUGCAAACAUGUUCAACAUAUUUAGCAAACAUAUUUGGUUUCUGUAGGCUAUUUAAUAAACUAGGCAAUAACAGACUACCGUUCGAGUUGUAGUUAAUGACAACAUAUAAGGCCGUAAAUACCCAGCAUACUUAGCCAUGGAGCACGUUCUGAUUGGCCAGUGAGGGGUCAAGCCUCGACAUACCUAUACCUUGUUUAUUCAUCAAAAACCCAGCCCUUUCACGCCACUGCCAGCUACUGCAUCCAUAAUUCCGGUUGUGAAAAUAUAGCAAAAAUAUUAAAACAUAUUUCUGACACACCCUCAAACCUAUAGCAUUACAACAAGCGCUAAAAUUUACCAUUGGUUUGUUCAAAUGGAGCCCAGAGUAUUUGUUCCAAAUGGCACCCUAUGGGUGGCAUGUGGGUGGCAUUUGGGACUCAAACUAGCUCUCCUCUCUCCUUCAUAUAACUCAUACUGUAUAACUCAUGGUAAUAAUGUAACUUUAAUAACUCCACACAGGUCUAAACUAAGACCAAAGAUUCUGGACAGUGAGAGCAAGCCACAGACCUUCCAGGUAGAUUAACUGAUUCAUAUUGUAUCUGUUUCUUCCGUGUUGAGGGAAUAGCCCUGAUUGAUUCAUAUUGUAUCUGUUACUUCUGUGUUGAGGGAAUAGCCCCUGGAUGCUUCUUCUCCAUCUGUGAGCUAUUUGGGACACAUUGCCAUCUAAGUUCUGUCCUCGUACGACGAAAUCUGUAAAUUCUUAACUGUAAAUGUCCUCUCCUAUCAAGUGUACUUUUUUUCUGUUUACUGUAUCCAUAUUGUAAAUCCUGCAUGUGUAUUAUGUGGACAUUCCUCUGUCUAUGUUCUGUCUGUCCGUUGCUGGCAGCACCGUUUCACUUGGCGAAUAAAGGUGAUUCUGAUUAUGUUCCCUCCAGAUUGCCAUCAACAUCACAGAGGCCAAACAGCUGGUGGGGGAGAACAUUGACCCUAGCGUAACCAUGGAGAUAGGAGACGAAAAGAAACAGACCACCGUCAAGGAGGGCACCAACGCCCCCUUCUUCAAUGAGGUGAACCUUCUCCUCAGAGCCUGGUUCCUCUCUAGGUUUCUUCCUAGGUUCCUGCCUUCUAGGGAGUUUUUCCCCUCAGAGCCUGGUUCCUCUCUAGGUUUCUUCCUAGGUUCCUGCCUUCUAGGGAGUUUUUCCCCUCAGAGCCUGGUUCCUCUCUAGGUUUCUUCCUAGGUUCCUGCCUUCUAGGGAGUUUUUCCCCUCAGAGCCUGGUUCCUCUCUAGGUUUCUUCCUAGGUUCCUGCCUUCUAGGGAGUUUUUCCCCUCUGAGCCUGGUUCCUCUCUAGGUUUCUUCCUAGGUUCCUGCCUUCCAGGGAGUUUUUCCCCUCAGAGCCUGGUUCCUCUCUAGGUUUCUUCCUAGGUUCCUGCCUUCUAGGGAGUUUUUCCCCUCAGAGCCUGGUUCCUCUCUAGGUUUCUUCCUAGGUUCCUGCCUUCUAGGGAGUUUUUCCCCUCAGAGCCUGGUUCCUCUCUAGGUUUCUUCCUAGGUUCCUGCCUUCUAGGGAGUUGUGCCACUGCUUCUGCAUUGCCUGCUGUUUGCACGAUGGGUAUCUGUAAAGCGUUUCACUGUGACAAGUAUUGUAGUUGUUACCAUGCUACCAUGCUUGUUACAAAAUGGACAAGUUUCCACUAAAUUGAGCGUUUGGUUUCUUGUCAGCUGUAUCCGAUUAGGUAACGACCGUCACGAGGUUGUAAUCUCUUGUGGACAGAUGCGCUGGGUGCCAGAGGUUACAGGUUGGAGGAUCAAUAGAGGCUAAUGAACACUCUUCAAAAUCUGCACUCAAUGUUCUUGCUAGCACUUGCACCUAAAACUUUUUACUAAAAAGGGUAUAAAUUGGUUGAGUUUACAAAAAAAAACAGUUCAGAUAUAGUCUACCAUACUGGUGUCAUGCCAGAUUAUUUAAAAAAAAAAUACUUUAUGAAUUUAUGAAAUUAUGAACUUUAAUAAAUGAAAUGUGCACGUUACCCAUUAUGACAACCUGAACCUCCUUGCCAUCCAAGAGAGAGGAUAAACCAACAAACUCAACACAGAGUACAUGUUCAUACAGAGUACACACUAGUACACCACAGAGUACAUGUUCAUACAGAGUACACACUAGUACACCACAGAGUACAUGUUUAUACAGAGUACACACUAGUACACCACUGAGUACAUGCAAUAUCUGCAGAAGUUCAAUGUAAUUACUAGGUGUUACACAGGAUUUAGCUAGUUAACAGGAAGUGUAUCUUUAACAGGAAGUGUAUCUUUAACAGGAAGUGUAUCUUUAACAGGAAAUGUAUCUUUAACAGGAAGUGUAUCUUUAACAGGAAGUGUAUCUUGAGGGGUACUUACCUGUUAUUAUUGUGUACCUAAAAAAGUACAUUCUGAUGAUCUAAUCUUCAGACUCUGAAAACACCAUCCAAGUGAGAAAAUAAACACACUAAUACAACACAGAGUACAUAUCUGGAACAUCUGUAUGUUUACAAGGUUGUCGCUAGUUGUUACACAUGAUUUAGCUAUUUAAAGUGAAGUGUAACUUUAUUGUUACCUAUGAGCAAUUUCUAUAUAAUUACUUACUACUCAUUAGCAAGUGAAGACACAUACAAACCUAACACGAGCUUCUACUUUAGUCAACUUUAUUGCAAUAUGUAAAAAGACAGUUUAUUACAAAAUAAUAAGGAUUUGUAUUAUUAGAUUCAUUAUUUAAACAAAGAUAUAGGCCUACUCAAUAACUUUAAAAUAUCUAUUCUAGUGGUGACUCAUAUCUGUAGCCUAUGGUCCUCUGUAGCUCAGCUGGUAGAGCACGGCGCUUG